GGAGAACAGCUCCAACAUUCUGGACAACCUGCUGUCGAGGAUGGAGCAGUAUGCCAACAAUCUGGAGGAGCUGGUGGAGGACCGAACACAGGCCUACCUGGAAGAGAAGGGGAAAGCCGAAGCCCUGCUCUACCAGAUCCUGCCACACUCGGUGGCUGAGCAGCUGAAGAGGGGGGAGACGGUCCAGGCUGAGGCCUUCGACAGCGUCACUAUCUAUUUCAGCGACAUUGUAGGUUUCACAGCGCUGUCAGCGGAGAGCACGCCGAUGCAG